AUGCAAAAGCAUGCUGCUGACAUCAGAGAAGACUCUCCUCUUGCUGAGUAUGUGAGAACCAGCCACCCUGGAAAUCCGAACUCUUCAAUAUCAACUACACAGUCCUACGCGGCAGCAGGAGUCUACUCAACAUCACUAAAAGGGAGCUGGAGGCUCUCAGAUAACGCCUCCACUCUACAGACUGAGCUGAUAGCAAUCGCUAAAGCGCUAGAAGAUUCUCAACACUCAGGAAAAAACACAACUAUCCACACCGACUCAAAAGGAGCAAUACAAGCCAUCACAAAAGGCAAGGCAAAAGAAAAUAUCAAACUCCUGACAAGUAUAUGGGCAAUUGCUAACAUCCACCAAAUCAGAAACAGACAGAUUACUCUCAACUGGAUUCCAAGUCACAUAGGAAUCCAAGGAAAUGAGGAAGCAGACUCCCUAGCAAAGAGUGGGUUGCAUAUUAACAACAUAGGUAUUAAAAUCAGCCACUCACUGACUCAACUUAAAAGCAAAGCCUCAGCAUACUGUCAAGUGCAAGAAGAAAGCAAAGUCAGGAGAGCGGUCUUUGGAGGCUCUAACACUGCAAAGUGGUAUGUAGACACCACCAGUCUGCAACCACAUGACAUUCCCCAAAGAUAUGUCAGAGCACUAGCAGUCAUAAUUCAUCGUCUAAGGCUGGGAUACCAAUGCACUUGGCAAAAGAUAGUAGGCGAUCCCAGGCCAUGUAAGUACUGCGAAAGAAUUCCAGAAGAACCUCUAGAACACUACCUCUUAGACUGUCCAGAAACGGAGCAACUAAGAGAUAGGUACAUAGGAAAUGAACGCACAACCACUCAAAUCACAAAGCACAUUCUAGCAAAAACACCCAUGAAUUAG